GUGUGGGCAGGCACGUCCCAGGCUAGCCAUUUCGGCCAGGCAAGCCCCGCCCCCUCCUCUGACGUCACGGGAGGGGUCCCUAUUAAAGCGCCCGCCCGCCUCCCUGCCCCUCGCGGUGCUGCAGCGGGAAACAGAGGAAGCAGAAGCUUUGGCAACCAGUGCUACAAGAUGUCUCUCAAGGAAAAGCUGAUUGCAAAUGUUCACAAGGAAGAACAUGCCCAUGCCCACAACAAGAUCACUGUUGUUGGGGUUGGUGCAGUUGGCAUGGCUUGUGCCAUGAGCAUUUUGAUGAAGGACUUGGCUGAUGAACUUGCCCUUGUUGAUGUCAUAGAGGACAAGCUGAGGGGAGAGAUGUUGGACCUCCAACAUGGCAGCCUCUUUCUCAAGACACCAAAGAUUGUCUCUGGCAAAGAUUAUGCUGUGACUGCACACUCCAAGCUGGUCAUCAUCACCGCUGGAGCACGCCAGCAAGAAGGCGAAUCUCGCCUCAACCUGGUUCAGCGCAAUGUGAACAUCUUCAAAUUCAUCAUUCCCAAUAUUGUCAAGUACAGCCCUGACUGCAAGCUUCUUGUUGUUUCCAACCCAGUGGAUAUUCUGACCUAUGUGGCAUGGAAGAUCAGUGGAUUCCCUAAGCACCGUGUUAUUGGAAGUGGCUGCAAUCUAGACUCUGCCCGUUUCCGCCACCUGAUGGGUGAAAGGCUGGGGAUCCACCCUCUCAGCUGCCAUGGCUGGAUUGUUGGGGAGCACGGAGACUCCAGCGUGCCUGUCUGGAGUGGUGUGAACGUUGCUGGUGUCUCUCUGAAAGGUUUACAUCCUGACAUGGGAUCUGAUGGUGACAGUGAGAACUGGAAAGAGGUUCACAAGCAGGUGGUAGACAGUGCUUAUGAAGUUAUCAAGCUGAAGGGAUAUACAUCUUGGGCAAUUGGACUCUCUGUGGCUGAUCUUGCUGAAACCAUCAUGAAGAAUUUACGAAGAGUGCAUCCAGUUUCUACAAUGGUCAAGGGCAUGCAUGGAAUUAAAGACGAUGUCUUCCUAAGUGUCCCUUGUAUCCUGGGCUUCUCUGGAAUUACAGAUGUUGUGAACAUGACUCUGAAGAGUGAAGAGGAAGAUAAAUUGAGGAAGAGUGCAGAUACACUCUGGGGAAUCCAGAAAGAGCUGCAAUUUUAGACCUGGCGUCCUGUCAUGUCACUGCGUAAUAGUGUUGAAUGGGUCUUAGUGGAUUGUUUUGUUGCACUUUCCAAAUAGGUCAACUCCUUUAUGGAGUUUCAGCUACAAACACGUGCAGAGCUAAAACUACACAUACACUGUUUCCUAUCCAGUAGGAAGCCUGCAGCUCCUGUGUAACAGUCCUGAGCGGUGAGAUAAAAUAACACCAACAUGCACUGAACCAAUACUGCUGAAUAAAACCACCUGACCUUUCCUUAUCUAAAGUUACCACCCCAGUCUUCCAAAAACUCAAGGGGAAAAAACCCAGAGUAUCUUGUGAUCAAACAGACAAAUACAAAUCAAUAUUCUCUGCUUACUGGUAGCUUGAUUCUCCUACUGAGCAGCUCCAAAGUAUUUUCCCAGCACUGCUGCUUAUCAAAUCUUUGUGCAUACUUUUCCAGAGACACUUGUGUAGUCUAGUUGUCUUAAAUGUAAAGAGGAAAAAAACCCUCAAAACCCUCUGUAUGCAACAAUUACAACUGAUGCAAUUUUCCAACUGUAGUACCAGCCCAACCAAUAAAAUAAUUAACGGUUA